GCCCAGCCCAGCCCUGUGAGCGCGAGCGCGGCGCGAUGGACGGCCGGGUGCAGCUGAUCAAGGCCCUCCUGGCCCUGCCCCUGCGGCCCCAGACGCGGCGGUGGAGGAACCCGAUUCCCUUCCCCGAGACGUUUGACGGCGACACCGACCGGCUGCCGGAGUUCAUCGUGCAGACGGGCGCCUACAUGUUAGUGGACGAGACCCUGUUCUCCAGCGAUGCCCUGAAGGUGACGUUCCUCAUCACCCGCCUCACCGGGCCGGCCCUGCAGUGGGUGAUCCCCUACAUCAGGAAGGAGAGCCCCCUCCUCAGUGAUUACCGGGGCUUCCUGGCCGAGAUGAAGCGGGUCUUUGGAUGGGUGGAGGACGAGGACUUCUAGGCCGAGAGCCCCUCGGGCCUGGGGGCGGGUGCUCGGGGGGAGGGUCCGCUGCGCCCGUCGCCUCGCCGCGCCUCCCCCGCCCUCACCUUCGCCGCGCUCGAGUGGCCGCGCUCUCCCCCGCGCUGCUGUCCCCUCCCGCGUAGUGCUUGCCUUUGUUCCAGGAAUAGCGCUCCAGGUCCCCGCCGCUGCCUCUGGGCCCCGCUCCGGAGCUCGCCGCCGCCCCGUGCGGCCAGCCGGGCCCCUCCCGUGCACACUUGGACUCGGGCCCGCGCUCCAGCUGCGGGCCGGGCUCGCGUUACACGCCGGGCGGACCACCCACAGCCCGGCCGCCGCGGGCCGCCUCCGCCAGACUGACCGCCAGGCCUGCAGCGCGGUGCCAGGAGGCGGACCCGCGCCGUGGCUGCCGCCGCCGCCGCUGACGCCCCCCACCGCGCGCCACCACCAGACUGCGGCCUCCAGCGAUCUGAGCUCAGCCACGAAGUAUCCGAGCCGGCCGCGGUCCCCGGACACUGAUUCCAGCAGCUUGCCACCCACCCCCGCGGAGGGGCCGGCCAGCCUCUCGCCUCCAGUGAGACCCGUUCCACCCCCCUCCUCCCAGAGACCUCUUCUGCUCCUGCCAGAUGGCCACCGGGUCCCAGGGGUGCCUGGCAGCCAGAUCCAGGCACUCGUUUUCUUUUUCCUGUGGACCUGUGCGUUUUGCCCAGAACCCACUUUUGUUCUCAGUUCGCAGCUGUCCCUCUGAUGUGUGCCUUUUGUUCAACACAGUAAUUAACCCCUGCACUCUGCCCAGCCCUUCCACACUACCUGGACAAACGUCUUUUCUUUUUUUCAAUAAAUGUCAGAAGCUAUUAAAAGAAAUUGAAUCUCGA